AUGGCCGUGGCUUUGGACGCAGUGUGGGUGAGGGUGAAGAAUGUCUGCAAACAGAACGGGCUCCUCAUCAUGUCGGUGAUGGCUGUGGUCAUCGGGUGUCUUUUGGGAUUCUUCCUGAGGACACGGCGUCUCACAGAGCAGGAGGUGAAGUACUUUCAGUUUCCUGGUGAGCUGCUGAUGAGGAUGUUGAAGAUGCUGAUUCUCCCACUCGUCGUGUCCAGUUUGAUGUCAGGACUGGCUGCCCUUGAUGCCAAGUGUUCCAGCCGGCUUGGUCUGAUCACAGUGUCUUAUUACCUGUGGACCACCUUUGUGGCUGUGAUAGUGGGGAUCAUCAUGGUCUCCAUCAUCCACCCAGGUGGUGCAGCCCAGAAAGAGGACUCUGAGGACAGUGGCAAGCCCAUCAUGAGCUCUGCUGAUGCUCUGCUAGACCUCAUCCGCAACAUGUUCCCAUCUAAUCUGGUUCAGGCCACAUUUCAGCAGUAUCGAACAAGUAGUGAGUACAUUGUGAAACCCAAGCCAACAGUGAGUCAGGCACAAUCAGAGUCCACCACACGGCGGGCACUCAUAUACGGUAUCCAAGAUGAUAAUGGAACUGACAUACAGAACUUCGCCCUUGACCUGACUCCACCCCCUGAUGUGCUCAUUCGCACUCGGGAGGGAACGAGCGAUGGAAUGAAUGUCCUUGGAAUUGUAAUUUUUUCAGCAACCAUGGGCAUUAUGUUGGGAAGGAUGGGGCGAAAUGGCAGCGCCUUGGUGAAUUUCUGCCAGAGUCUGAAUGAGGCUGUCCUCAGAAUUGUUGCCAUUGUUAUAUGGUACUUUCCAUUUGGCAUUGUGUUCCUGGUGGCUGGUAAGAUCCUGGAGAUGAGUGAUCCGUCAGCCAUGGGGAAGAAGCUGGGUUUCUACGCUGUCACUGUGGUGUUUGGUCUGGUGUUGCAUGGCCUGUUCAUCCUGCCUGCCAUGUACUUUUUCAUCACCAAAAAGAGCCCCAUCGUUUACAUACGGGGAAUCCUGCAAGCCCUGCUCAUUGCCCUUGCAACUUCCUCCAGCUCUGCCACAUUGCCUAUUACCUUCAAGUGCCUCUUGGAAAACAACCACAUUGACCGCCGUAUCAUCCGUUUUGUGCUCCCCGUGGGUGCCACCAUCAAUAUGGAUGGCACCGCUCUCUAUGAGGCUGUGGCAGCGAUAUUCAUCGCACAAGUCAAUAAUUAUGAGCUGGACUUUGGCCAAAUCAUCACCAUCAGCAUCACAGCCACUGCAGCCAGUAUUGGUGCAGCAGGGAUACCACAAGCCGGACUGGUCACCAUGGUGAUAGUGCUAACAUCCGUCGGGUUGCCAACCGACGACAUAACUCUUAUAAUUGCAGUAGACUGGGCUCUAGACAGAUUCCGCACUAUGGUGAAUGUCAUGGGGGACGCUUUGGCCACAGGCAUCAUGGCGCACAUCUGCAGGAAAGACUUCAUGAAAGAGGGAGAUGGGGUGCCUUUGAUCUGCGAGACCAAACCUGUGACGAACACACCGCCUCUGAUGAACUGCCACAACAACAACGGCAACUACCGGCCCCCUUCAUCGGGGCUCAAACAUGAGCUCGUCCCUCCUGACGUGGCCCGGCUCAUGCAGCUGGAGGAGGGCGUGCGGCCACCGUCCGAGAGGAAGAAGCCUCCAAUUCCUCCGAGGCACCUGAAGAAGAGCAAAGAACACUGUACCGUUGACAUGAAUGGCCUUGAGACCAACGUAUAG